UAUCAUAUCAUUAAAUUACUCUCCCAACUAAUCUCCCCUUUAAUCCAUUUGUACCCCAUUAUCCCCUCCAUUUAUUUCCCACCAAAUCACUACCUCUCUCUCUCAUUUCAAGAAGAAGAAUUAUUAAUUCUUGAAUCCAUCUCCACCGUUGCCAGCCAUGGCCGAGGUUCUUCAUUCUCCGAGCACCACUCAUUCGUCUUCCAAUUCUUCCUUAUCCUGCGUGGCCCCUUCAUCUUCUAGGCAAGAAAGCAAUGUGGGGCUUCAUCAGGACGACGAGGAAGAUUGUGGGUUUUUGGUGGGUGACCCAGAUGAGGCGGAUACCGUCAAAGAAAGUGAAAAUAAACGAAGGGAACAGCUCUCUUUGUUGGCUCUUCUUGUUACUAUUUUUAGAAAAUCUUUGGCUGCUUGUAAGACUGACCGAAGGCAGCUCUGUGCUAUGGAGAUCGGUUGGCCGACAAAUGUCCGCCACGUUGCUCAUGUUACCUUCGAUAGAUUUAAUGGUUUCUUGGGUUUGCCGGUGGAGUUUGAGCCUGAAGUCCCUAGGCGGCCUCCUAGUGCUAGUACAACAGUCUUUGGAGUAUCAACAGACUCCAUGCAGUUGUCAUAUGACUCCAGAGGGAACAGUGUGCCAACGAUACUGAUGCUAAUGCAAAGACAUCUGUAUUCACAGGGAGGCUUGCAGGCUGAAGGGAUUUUCAGAAUCAAUGCAGAAAAUAGCCAGGAAGAGUACGUUAGGGAUCAAUUAAAUAGAGGAGUGGUCCCAGAUGGCGUUGAUAUACAUUGCUUGGCAGGACUUAUUAAGGCUUGGUUUAGAGAGCUCCCCACCGGGGUUCUGGAUUCUCUAUCUUCCGAGCAAGUAAUGCACUGCCAAACGGAAGAUGAUUGUGCUGAGCUUGCGAGACACCUGCCUAAUACAGAAGCUGCUUUACUGGAUUGGGCCAUCAACCUUAUGGCUGAUGUCGUACAGCUAGAACAUGUGAACAAAAUGAAUGCACGCAACAUAGCCAUGGUUUUUGCGCCAAACAUGACUCAGAUGGCAGAUCCUCUGACUGCACUAAUGUAUGCAGUUCAAGUGAUGAACUUUCUUAAGAUGCUUAUUUUGAGGACACUGCGAGAGAGAGAAGAUACUGUAUUAGAUCCAGCUCCUACUUCACGUCUUGAGCCAUUUGAUGAGAAUGAUCAUCAGAGCACUUCACUGUCCUGUGUGGAUGACACUAAAAAUGACAAUGAAAAAGCAGAGCAAGCCUUCAUUGCUGAAGAACCGGUUGUAGAAACUUCCUGCUCUAGCAUCAAAGUUGAUGGAGAAGAUGGGAGUUCUCCAAUUUUUGAUGAUGAGUUCAUUGCCAAAGGAUAUGAGCCCUGUGAAGCUGCUGAUCAAGUUGAUACAUCUACCAGUGAAAUAUAUGCUGACAAUGUCGAUGAUCUAAAGAAGGGUGUGCAUGCAAGUCCGAGAAAAAGCUGUGUUGAUCAAUCAAGUUGUUCAAAUAUCCGAAAGAGUCCUGACAAGAUAAGUAAGCAGCAUUCACCAGUUCGGCUAGUAACACCUGUUGAGUCUGUUGAGAAGACUCGGGCAAUUAGCAACUUGAGCCGUAUAGAUGCAAGGACAGAACUUAUUGAAGCAUGGCGAUGAGAGGCGGGUGGACAGUCGUUGAAUGAUUCCGUAAGAAGGUGACCAUAUAUAUUCGAUUUGGAUAUUGUGGGAGCAUGUCUGUGAAUGUUCAUGUGUUUUCGAAUUCUGUGUAUGAAACUAACAUCAUUACUUGAAAACUGCAGCUAGUUUCAUUAACAAUGUCAAUGAAAUCAAUUGUUCUUCAACAA